UUUCUUUUUCACUUUUUCUCUUUCGAAUCCCGUUUCCAAAUUACUUUCCAUGAUAUUUUAAGUUCCCCCUUUUAAAAACAAGUUAGAGAAAACACUUUGAAAGUGGCUAAAACGCUUACCGCGAAGGGCCAAGGGAAAUAAGAAAAAAAAUUACCAACAGUCAACAUUGGACGGCACUUGAUUGUGACGACAUAAAGUUUCUUUUCUGUUAAUGACGUUAAAUUUGUUGAACGUGAAUGUGUAAUUUUAAUUAAAAACUCUGAAAUUAAAGGGAAAAGUCAUAAAAAUUGUGAUGGUAUACUAUUUUACAGAGUUUAUUCCUACAUUUCCAGAGGAUUUUAGUGGUGUUACUUAUAAGAUAAGUCCUAAAAACAAGAGUUCAUUGAGCGUUAAGUGUUGCACUAAAACUUUCGAAAAUGUCUUUCUUGCGAGGUUCAGAAAACUAUGUAUGGUGUACCACCAGCGUCCUUGGAAAAGGCGCGACUGGUGCCGUCUUCCAGGGAGUCAAUAAAAACAAUGGGGAACCAGUAGCAGUGAAAACUUUCAACCAACUUAGUCACAUGAGGCCUCAUGAUGUUCAGAUGAGAGAAUUCGAGGUUCUGAAGAAAGUGAAGCAUGAGAACAUAGUCAAGCUACUUGCUAUUGAGGAAGAGCAAGAAGGUCGUGGUAAAGUCAUUGUUAUGGAACUUUGCACUGGUGGUAGUCUAUUUAAUAUUUUGGAUGACCCUGAAAAUACUUAUGGCCUUCAAGAGCACGAGUUUCUCUUGGUUCUCGAGCAUUUAACAGCUGGCAUGAAGCAUUUGCGUGAUAAUAAUUUAGUACACAGAGAUUUGAAGCCAGGGAAUAUAAUGAAGUACAUCAAUGAGGAUGGAACAACUACAUACAAACUGACUGAUUUUGGGGCAGCACGGGAAUUGCAAGAAGAAGAGCAGUUUGUAUCCUUGUAUGGUACUGAGGAAUAUUUGCACCCAGAUAUGUAUGAGCGUGCAGUAUUAAGGAAGCCAGUGGGUAAAAGUUUUGGAGCCACUGUGGAUCUGUGGUCGAUUGGGGUCACUCUGUACCAUGUAGCCACAGGACAGUUGCCAUUCAGACCUUAUGGUGGGAGAAGAAAUAAGGAAACAAUGUUUUACAUUACUACUAAGAAAGCUUCUGGGGUUAUUUCAGGCACACAAACAACAGAAAAUGGACCAAUAGAGUGGGCAAGGGAACUCCCAUCUCACUGCCAAUUGAGUGCAGGGCUCAGGAAACUAGUUACGCCACUGUUAGCUGGUUUGCUGGAAGUAGACCCUCAUAGGAUCUGGAGUUUUGACAGGUUCUUUUCUGAAGUGCAGACAGCGACGUCCACGAAGGCAGUGCAUAUAUUUCAUGUUAAUAAGGCGACUAGUCUUAAGUGCAUCUUCGGUGGAAAUGUUCGGGAUUGA